AUGGAUGACUUUUUGAUAAAACUGAAGAAAAUAUCAGAACAAUAUAACAACUUGUUGUUGGAAAAAAAGAUAAUAGAUAAAAGAAUAACAAACAUAGAAGAAAAUAUACAUAAGUAUGAAGAGACAAAACAGAAAUCACUGAAAGAAGUAGAAUUGAAGAAAAAUCAAUUGCUAAAAAAUAAAAAUAAACAUUUAAUAAAAUGCCAAAAAAUGGAAGAGUUAAACAACAAGCUGAAUGAAAUAUUAAUAAGAAAACAAAGGAUAGAUGAUGAAGAGGAAAAAAAUAUUAUAAAAAAGCAAAUUGACACAGUUAACAAAACUUAUACUUUAUUGAACAAUGUUCAGAAAUUGAAUGAUACAAUAGUUAAGGAUAAUAACAACUAUUAUAAAUUAAUAACUCAGAAAAUUCAUAAUAAUAAUUUUAGCAACAAAAAAACGUUAAAUAUAUUGAACUGCUUCUUAAAUAAAAAUAGAGCUACCAUUUUAGAAAAAGACAAUGAGCAUAAUGCUUUUCCCAACAACUUUAAAAUGAUUCAAACGAAUGACACAAUUCAGAAAUUGAUACAUUUAUUUUCAAAUGACCACACAUCCUUAACUUUAGAAAAACAACAGUUCUUAUUUGUACUACUAAUGAAUGUUUUAAAAAAAAUAUUUCACAUGAAGGAAAAAGUAAUACAUGAUGAGAAUAAGUCUAAUGAAGUAAUUCAUAAUUUUUUAUACAAUAAUUAUAUUUUACUACAGUGA